UUUAUGGUUGUGGUGUUGCUCAGUCUCUAAUAUUUUAAAGUGUUUUAUAAUGUUUCGUCUGCCAUAUGGGAGCUCAACAAAGAUUCUAAUAGUUUUGUUGUUUGUAAACAUUCUUUGGAUAGUUAAGAUUUAUCCACCGUCUAAAUAUGACACCAAUGAGAGCACGCCACAACCACUAAAACAAAGCGUAGAAAAAAUUAAAUCUGCAGUUAAAUUUAAAUGUCCUUAUCAUUCUGAUACAGGAUCUCAACUACCCUUGCCGACUGCCAAAUCAAAUGGCAAUGUGACAAAGUUAACCUUUGCAAAUAUUGACUUUGGUUACGGGCGAUGGGACAACCAACACAAGUACAAGAUAAAGGAUUUUGCUGUUGUCGGUGAACAGUACACAGAAUCUUCGAAAAAUAGUUUGCUGUGCCUUGCAACUCAAAGUUCCGUGGAGCGGCUAUACUCUUUGCCACAGGUUGCAGCAAACUGGCACGGUCCAAUUUCUGUCGCGUUGUUCUCCGCUGGACACGACGAGUAUAUUGUUUUAUGAUAUUUCAUCACGUAUCUGCGCCUCUGCUUUCCGAAUAUUAAAGCAAACGCCACAUUUCAUAUUUUAACUCCACAGGAAUAUGAAAAUAUGCCAGGCGGAAGAGCCGAAUCAUUAAAUUUAAAACAAACAUUUAAUUGUCAAAAUCCUGACAAAACAUUGAGAACUUUAUUGAAAUUGCGAACAGCAAAAACCAUGGAAUGGAGAAAAAAAAACAUAUAUCCUCAGAACCACAUGCGAAAUAUAGCUCGAAAGGGAUGUCAAUCCAAAUAUGUUUUUUUAACUGACAUUGAUAUAAUUCCAAGUAUUAAUAGUGUUGUACUACUAAACAAUUUUUUUAAAUCUGUUACUUGUGAUGGAAAUUGUGCCUAUGUUAUUCCAACUUUUGAAAUUGAUGUGCGGGCGCCUUUUCCACGGACAAAGGAGAACCUUUUAGGGCUGAUCAAAAAGGGACUAGCAAGACCAUUCCAUGAAAAAGUGUUUAUUUACAACCAAUAUGCGACCAAUUUUUCAAAAUGGCUAUCAUCACAUCGAAAUGAGACUGCAGUUAGAAUAAGCCAUACUGUGACAAACUUUGAGUUUUUAUAUGAGCCAUUUUACAUAACCAUCGAUAAUGCUCCCAUUCACGAUGAAAGAUUUACUGGCUAUGGAUUUACUAGAAAUUCACAAGUUUAUGAAAUGUACGUAGCUGGAUUUAAAUUUUAUGUUCUUUCGCCUGUUUUCACUUGCCAUUGGGGCCUACAAAGAAAGCAAGCCCGGCCCGCUUGGAGAGAGCAACAAAAUAACGCUAAUCGAAAAAAAUUUGACAUCUUCAAAAGUGAAAUAUUUGCACGAUAUAAAAAUGAUCCACAUAUUAAAUAAAAAUUAAAAAACUAG